AUGGAGGUCGGUGGGGAGGCGCUGCCCGCCGACCUGCGGGAACUGGUCGGCAAGGUGGGACGGCGGCCGCCCGCCGGGCUGCUGCGGGGGCUGCGGGCCGAGACUGCCCCCGCACCGCCGGCGACAGCACCGCCACCAGCACCGGCCCGCGGUGCCCGCCUGCCGCUCGCCGACCGCCUCCGGGCGCUCCGCCUAGAGCUGGCCUACUUGCGAGCAGUUGACGUGAAGAUCCUGCAGCAGCUGGUGGUGGUGAACGAGGGCAUCGAGGCGGUGAAGUGGCUGCUGGAAGAGAGGAGCACUCUGACCAGCCGCUGCAGCAGCCUGGCCAGCAGCCAGUACAGCCUGGUGGAGAGCCAGGAGGCCUCGCGGCGGGGCAGCUGGGACAGCCUGCAGGACCCCAACGACAGGCUGGACAGCAUCUCUGUCGGUAGCUACCUAGACACCUUGGCUGAUGACAUGGAUGAGUAUUCCCAAAACGCCUCUGAAACCGCCACUGCCUCCACACCAGGCAGGGUCCUGAUCAGGGCGGAGCAGGAUUGGGUCAGGAUUGACCCUGAAAGGGGUCUCGCAAAGCAAGAGAAGGGCAAAGCAGAGCAUGAAUGGCCCCACAUAGACCUCUCCCUGCCGGGGCUGCCCCAGGAUGACCCCUUUGCUAAGGAGCCCCAGGUGGCCAACGGGUAUUUGGAUGAACAUCCCUCCUCUCUGGAACCAUGCAGAGACAUCAAAUUGCCUUCAGGGGCUGGGGAGAGGGUGGGGAAGGGGAACUCAGGUGGGAAGGCUCGAAAAGCCGAGGCUGACCUUGAGAACUGCAAACUCAACAGCAAACUACACAUGGAGUACGAUGCCCACUGGCGCUGGCUCCAGUCUCAGGAUGAUGUUACGUUCUUGUAGCUCGUGGCUUUGCCUUCCCAGUCCAGUUCUUCCAACUGGCCUGGUCUUCUUCAUUUGUCUCUGCUUGGGAAAGUUGGGGAGGCUGGAGAGGAGGGGACCGCCUGGCUUGAUGGUGUUGUGCUUGUGCUGUUCCUCUCAGCUCCCCAGCAGUGUUUGGUGAUGCAGCCCUAAAGGAUGGGGUGCCUACCCUGUGGUAAAUUUCUGGAAGA